AUGUCAUCAUCAAAUAUAAAUAUUCUUGAUAAUAAUAAAUUAAUAUCAGAGAAGGUUGGUUAUCAUCUUGAAGAAAUUAUAUUACAAAUAAUGAAUACCAAAGAAAUAAUAACAAUUGGCUUAUCUGGUGGAUCUUUGAUCGAUAUGUUAGCAUCAAUUGUUCCUCAUCUUCAAUUGCCUUGGUCUCGUAUUCGAUUUUUUUUUGUUGACGAAAGAUUUGUUCCGUGUACAUCAGAUGAUUCCAAUUAUGGAAGUUAUCAAUUAAAAUUAUUUCGACAAUUACCAAUUAGUGAAAAAAAUAUUAUUAAAAUUGAUUCAACAUUGACAACUGUUGAAGAAUGUGCACAAGAUUAUCAAAACAAAUUGGAAGAAUUAUUUAUUGGACCAGAUAAAUCAUUUGAUAUACUUCUUCUUGGUAUGGGUCCUGAUGGCCAUACAGCAAGUCUAUUUCCUAAUCAUUCGGCUCUCAAUAUAAAUAAAGGAUUAGUAACAUUUGUAAAAGAUUCACCGAAACCUCCACCUGAACGCAUUACAUUAACAUUGAAUACAAUUAAUCAAGCAAAAUAUAAAAUUGCUGUUGUCGCCGGUGAAAAUAAAUCAACUAUUGUCAAAGAAGUUCUACAAGAUAAAAAUCGAACAUAUCCUAUUGGUCAAGUAGAAAAUCUUGUUUGGUAUCUUGAUCAAGCAGCUGCAUCAAAAUUGGAAAUAAUUUGA